AUGCGCAACCAAUCAAAGAGCCCUAUUAAAUUACGUUAAUCUAAUGGAAAUAAUAGAUCUCAAAUAGCUACUCCAGAUAGAACCCUACAAAAAAAAGGCUAGGGUCUUCUUUAGUAAAACCAAGUAGAUGAGACAGAACUUAAGGACAAAGUUUCUAUAAUAAUCCGUAUUCGUCCAACAUUAACAAAUGAACUUCAAGAACAAUUUAUACGUUAAGUUGAUGAUUCUACUUUGAAGAUUAUGAGACCUGGCAAUAGUUUACAUAUGAAAUUUAAUAGCAUUUUACCUUCAGCUUCAAAUCAGGAUGACGUCUACAAUCUUACUUAAGAAUCUAUUCUUUCUUUUUUAAAUGGAACCAACAAUACAAUUUUUGCUUAUGGUUAGACAGGUGCUGGUAAAACUUACACUAUUUUAGGAGAUCAUAGUGAAAACCCUUCUUAAUUAAAUAAUGAAAAAAUACUCUCUUAUUUAUAAGGUUAGGAAAGAGGUAUCCUUCCUCGUUCUCUAUAUUAAAUCUUGUCAGAACUCAGCAAAAGAGAUCAAGAAGAUUAUAGGUUGUAUAUUAGCUUUUUUGAAGUCUAUAAUGAAAAGAUAUAUGAUUUAUUUAACGGAAGAGAUUAGAAGGACGGGCUGGAAAUUAGGGAAUCAAAGAAUGGAGAUGUUUAAAUACCAGAUUUAAUUACAGUAGAAAUAUAAAAUAUAGACUAAGCAUUAGAUAUAUUGAUGGUAGGGUUAAGGAACAGAGCAACAGGAUCUACUAUGGCUAACUCGAAAUCUUCUCGUUCUCAUUCUAUCUUUUAGAUUUUAUUAUAACAAAAAAUUAAGAUUAAAAAUGAGACAUAUGAAGAUGAAAUUGUCAUUGAAUCUAUUCUUAGAAUUGUUGAUUUGGCAGGUAGUGAAAAAUUUAAAAUUCCUCACGAUAUUUCAAUAGAAGAAAAGCAAACGAGAAUAGAUGAAUUAACUUGUAUUAAUGGUUCAUUAAGUACUUUAGGACAUUGUAUAUCUGCUUUGAUUGAUAAAAAUCGUACUCAUAUACCUUUCCGUAAUUCUAAACUAACUAGAGUCUUAAGUGAUUCUUUAUCAGGAAACGGAAAAAUAACUUUUAUAGUUUGUAUAUCUCCUUCAAUGAGCUCAUCAUCAGAAACUUUCUCCACUUUACAAUUUGCAAAUCGUGCUAAAAGAGCAGUUUUGGAUGGCAGAAAUCUUAGGGCAGACAAAAUAGCUUAAAAUAAGAGAAUGAUUGAUUAUGAAGAAUAUGCAGAACUUUCUAAAGCAUAUGCAAGAGAAAGGUUUUUAAGAGAAGAAAUGGAGAAGUCUUUAAAAAAAAAUUCAACCUAAUAUGACUUGGAGUUAGAAAAUAUACAGCUUAAGAAAGAAAAUGAAGAAUUAAGGCAAAUGAUUUCCGCGAUGAGGAAUGGCACUCCUAUCAGUGAAGUUUCUAAUUCUUUGAGUAGAAAUUCUACUAUUGAAGAUCAAAGCUCUAUGAAUAAUUUAUCUUAAUAAUCAAGAUAACUAAUUCAUUAAUAAAACAGAUAAAGUCUUUAAAGUGGAAGCAUGGGUUCAUCUUUGAAUGCAGUCUCUUAAUAAUUUAAAAAAAUGAGUAACUCAUCAAUAGAUAAAAAGGUGAGAUUUGUCGAAGGAAACAGAGGAAAUGAUAAACUUAAAUAAGAGAUAGAAUGUGAUGAUAAUUCAAUUUUCGAAAAUCUCUCUAUAUUUAAAGAGCUCAAAUAAUAAUAAAAUGGACAAGGAAAUGCCAACAUAAUUAAUAAUAACAAUUUCAAUAGUUUAAAUAGUAAUCACAGCGAAAAUAUGAGUAUAAGAAUAAAUCAAUUCUGGAAGGCUGGCGAAGACGAGGGAUCUAUUUCAGAAUUUGCAGACAAUAUUAAUUUUAAUAAGCUUGAUCACAACAAAUUACUAUAAAGAAUCAAAAGAAAAGAAAUAGAAAAGAAAUUAGAAAUGUUUUUUGCUUAUAAUUCACCUGAUAACUAAUCUUUGAAGCUUUUUAACGAUUUAAAAAAUGAUGAAGGAAAAUAAUUAGAAGAUUUUAACAAUGAAUUUAAUGGAAACGAAAUGGAUUCAUCAACUCCAACUCCUGAUGAUGAAUUUGUUAACAGAAUGAUAAAUAUGGUAUCAGCAAUUUAAAAGAAGACAUCUAAUACAUCAAAGGCUUCAUCCAAUAAUUAAAAAAGAGAAUCAGAAGAUAAUUCAUCCUCAAACAUUUCAUUUAUACCAUCAAAUGCAAAUUAAAUGGAAUAUCAGGGAAGUAAAUAAUAUUACUAAGAAAACUUGAAUAAUAUAAGCGAAUCCAAAUUUGAGUCUAUUAAAAAUGCAUUUGCUAUGGUUAACAAUAAAGAUGAUUUUAUGGAAAAUUAAGCUUAGAAAAACAAUGGAAAUGAUAAAGCAAAUAUAUCAUUAAAUGGAAAUAAUUAAAUGUAUGAUGCAUCUUUACUUUCUAUUAAAGAUGAUCUUGAAACCCUAAAUAAAAUGAAUGAAAUAAAAAGAAAUCCAAAUACUUACUAAAACAAUGGUAGCUCAAAUAUGUAGAUAAGACCUACUUCAAAGUCACCCAUAAAGAACUAUAAUGAUGAAAAAAGAGUAGAAAGUUCAUCUAGCAAUAGAAGCAGUCCAUAAAAAAAGAACUCAAACCAAAUUAGUUAAUAAAAUAAAAAUUAAAAUAUAGGAUAAUAAAUGAAUUAGUUAAAAAUGUAGAACAAUUAUAGACCUGAAUUAAAAAAGGGCAUGUAGGAAUUAAAAUAUAACUCAAAUGAAAUUAGCUUGAAUUUUGACACUAACUAAACCUCUAACACUAACAAAAAUUUUGAUUCUAUCAUCUAAAAAGUAUAAGACAAAUCUUAAAACAUCACAAACAUAGUCCAUGAUCUAAAAUAAGAAAUGUCUAAGGCAAUUUCAUAGCUUCAUAUGCUUCAAUAGGCUGAUUAAGAAAUUAGAAUGGCAGAUGAUUUUUCUGAUAAAAAAAGUUUAAAUGGCAGUUCAAUACUUGCUGAAAAGAAAAAUAUGUCAAAUGAUUUUUCUCCAUCUAAAAUGGGAAAUAACAAUUUAAUUUUUAAGAAAUCUAUAACUCCGAUAAUGAAAAAUUACGGAUAAAAAUAAUAAUCUGAUUAUGGAAUUUCAAAAGAAAAUAAUUAUGAUUGA